GGUUUGUACCGUUGACGUGGACCUAAGUGGAAGAGCAGUCCACUUUUUCUUUCCGUUGUACGUUUAUUUCUGGCAAGACCGUCCACCGAAUAGACCGAAAUGCCUGCAUCAACAAGUGCAACCAGCGUGGGGUCUGGAAGUAGAUCACCGACUAAAGUUGUAGCCCCGAGAACUGCUCCAGGAGGUGCAGUCCGGCAAAGAAAAACGACCACUGUAACUGCAGCUAGGAGCCGGAACACUAGUGCCAACAGUGGUGGCAUGUGGAGAUUUUACACCGACGAUUCUCCUGGCAUCAAAGUUGGUCCUGUCCCGGUUUUGGUCAUGUCGCUGUUAUUCAUCGCUUCAGUUUUUAUGCUCCACAUUUGGGGCAAAUACACGAGAUCGUAAUCGCAAAACAGAACUUUUUCCAUUCCAAGUUUAAAGCAUUUACUUUACGAGAGCAUCAAUUCAGGUCCAACACUGAGGGAAAAUCAACUGGGGGGGAGGUGACUCUAUUCGUAUAUAUUUAUUUAUAAUUUAUUGUUAUAAUAUAGUUUAUAUGAACAACUAUAUACACAUUUAUAUA